GAGUUUAUUUCCACGUUCUCUAUGGGACGGUGACCUGUGGACACAGUUUUCAAGUGUAAUGAAGAAACGAAAGACAAAGAUGAACCAUCAUAAGUGGAAAAAGCGAAGCAAAGCCAAGCGGUUCAAAACAAAGGCUCAUAAUCAGUAAUGAGGGCUAUGAAUUUUAUUU